AUGACAAUGCCUGAAUUUGAACUAACAGUACGAGGCAGCAUACCUCUACGCAUUACACACAGUGAAGAUGUCCCCACAUCAGCCAAAUUCUCACCUAACGGAGAAAAAAUAGCCAUAUGUCAAGGCACCACGAUUAUCCUAUAUGAUGUUCAAUUACGAGUCACUGAAUCUAUCUUGCAGACAUCACAUACUAAGCCUAUAUCUGAAUUAUGUUGGUCCCCGGAUAAUCAAUGUAUUGCGACUGCAUCGGAUGAUUUCACCUUGGAAAUAAGACAUCUAACUUAUGGUCCCUUGCAUCGAUUGGUUGGACAUACUGCACCUGUGGUAUCAUUAUGUUAUAAUGGGAAGGGGAACCUGUUAUAUUCAUCUUCGAUGGAUGAAAGUAUAAAAGUAUGGGAUGUUUUGAAUGGGAUAUUGAUGAAAACUAUCUCGGCUCAUUCGGAAAGUGUAGUAAGCGUAGAUAUUUGCCCUGAAGAUUCCACUGUAUUGAGUUCCGGAUCAUUUGAUGGGUUAAUUAGAUUGUUUGAUAGUUCAAGCGGUCAUUGUUUGAAAACAUUGACUUAUGAUAAAGAUUGGAAAAGUGAGAAUGGGGUUGUGCCGAUUUCUCAAGUUAGAUUCUCUAAAAAUGGGAAAUAUUUGUUAGUGAAAUCAUUUGAUGGAGUCGUGAAAAUUUGGGAUUGUAUUGGAGGAUAUGUUGUAAGAACCUUCUUGGCGCUUUCGGAAGAAACUCGUGCUUUAAAACAUUCCUGUGGGAUAGAUUUCUUGUAUCCAAGUGAUGAAACAUUGGCACCCAUUGUAGUCAGUGGAUAUGAACAUGGUGAACUUUUCUGUUGGAAUUCCGAAAACAAAAAACUAUUAUAUAGCUCAAUGGGAAAUGAUAACUGCCAUUCAGGAAGCCCGAUAAUCAGUAUACAUUGUCGUGAUAAUUUAGUCUGUACUUUGUCUCUGAAUGGAGAAUGUUAUGUCUGGGGAGCACGUUUCGUGACGACAGUCCCAACAUCCACGUAG